UUUGUUCCAAAAAUUUCCUAAUUGGGUCGCGGCAUGCAUCGUCGCGAUGAUGAGCACUAAUUCCAUUUAAAGGUUGAUGGUUAAACUCCGAAUUGAACCCCUAUCCACUAACCAAUUAUAGACAUGGUUCCAUUUAGUAUAGACUUAAGCGGAUCAAGAGCUCCAAUAGAUGAGAAUCAUGACCUUUAUUCUCAAGAUGAUGCGGAUGAUGAAUUAGAACAUCAUCGAUUUAAUAAUGAUAGUGAUGAUGACUUAUUAUCCAAAUCAGUUAAUUCAGCUCAUUUCUCUACUUCAGAGGAUAAAUUUAUGAAGGAUCAGGAUUUGAAGAUUCGUACAUUUGAAGCUCUUCAUCAAAAUAACAACAAUAAUAAUAAUAGCAAUAAUAAUAUUAAUAAUAUAGUUGAAGGGUUCCAUAUUGGUAGUCCUCAUUCCAUUAGAAGAAGACAAUCAAUUAUUGAUUUACCUGUGCAAAACAAAUUUGCCUUUAACCCAUUACCUCAACAAAGAGAAGAAGGAAAGAUUGAUCUUGCAGCAUCUGCUGGAAUUUCUGAAGAUUAUGCUUCUGAUGAAUUAGUAGAAUUCUUUCAUAGUGUCAAGACAUGUCUUGAUAUUAGACAUAAAUAUUUAGAAGCUUCAUUACAAGAUGAAGAACUGAAGAAUCCAAAGAAUAAAGAAGAUUGGAUUAUUUAUCCUCCACCUCCUAAACCUACUUAUAAAUCUAAAAAUAAAUUUAAUCAACUUCCAGGAACUGAAAAUGAAGUUGAAGAAGAAUUUGAUUUUAGUAAAUGUAUAAUCCCCGAUGGUGUGAAUAAGUAUACAUUUAAAUUAAAUUCUGAAGGAGUUUAUGAAGUUCAUGAAUUAGAUAAUGAAAGUAGUAUUACUAAAAUUCCUACAUUACAUGAUUACUAUUCAGAUCUUAAUACGAUUAGUAAAAUGUCUUCCGAUGGACCUUCAAAAUCCUUUUCAUUUAGAAGAUUACAAUUUUUAGAAGCUAAAUGGAAUAUGUAUACACUCCUUAAUGAGUUUGAAGAGACUAAACAAUCGAAAAGGAAUCCUCAUAGAGAUUUUUAUAAUGUUCGUAAAGUCGAUACUCACAUUCAUCAUUCUGCUUGUAUGAAUCAAAAACAUUUAUUAAGAUUCAUUAAGUAUAAGUUAAAGACUGAACCUAAUGAACAAGUAAUCUUUAGAGAUGGGAAAGUCUUAACAUUAGCAGAAGUAUUUGAAUCCUUAAAAUUAUCUGCUUAUGAUCUUUCAAUUGAUACUUUGGAUAUGCACGCUCAUACAGAUAGUUUUCAUAGAUUUGAUAAAUUUAAUUUAAAGUAUAAUCCUAUUGGAGAAUCAAGAUUAAGAGAAAUAUUUUUAAAGACUGAUAAUUUUAUUAAGGGGAAAUAUUUAGCAGAAUUAACUAAACAAGUAUUUGAAGAUUUAGAAAGUUCUAAAUAUCAAAUGAAUGAAUUAAGAAUUUCUGUUUAUGGUAGAAGUAUUGAUGAAUGGGAUAAACUUGCCUCUUGGAUAGUUGACAAUAAAUUAUUUAGUCAUAAUGUUCGUUGGUUAAUUCAAGUCCCUCGACUUUAUGAUGUUUAUAAAAAGAAUGGUAAUGUUACUAAUUUUCAUGCUAUUUUAAAGAAUUUAUUUGAACCAUUAUAUGAAGUAUCACUUAAUCCUAAAUCUCAUCCUAAAUUAUAUAUAUUUUUACAAAGAGUUAUUGGAUUUGAUUCAGUUGAUGAUGAAUCUAAGAGUGAAAAACCAAUUCAAGCUAAACGAUUUCCUAUUGCUACUGAAUGGGAUUCUUCAAUUAAUCCUCCAUAUUCUUAUUAUGUUUAUUAUCUUUAUUCUAAUUUAUGUUCUUUAAAUAAAGUUAGACAAAUUCAAGGUAUGAAUACAUUUGUUUUACGUCCUCAUUGUGGAGAAGCUGGAGAUCCUGAACAUUUAAUUAGUGCAUUUUUAACUUCUCAAUCAAUAUCUCAUGGAAUUCUUUUAAGAAAACUUCCAUUUAUUCAAUAUUUAUAUUAUUUGGAUCAAAUUGGUUUAGCAAUGUCACCAUUAUCUAAUAAUGCAUUAUUUUUAACUUAUGAUAAAAAUCCAUUCUAUAAUUUCUUUAGAAAGGGAUUAAAUGUUUCAUUAUCAACUGAUGAUCCAUUACAAUUUUCUUAUACUAAAGAACCAUUAAUUGAAGAAUAUUCAGUAGCAGCUCAAAUUUACAAAUUAAGUAGUGUAGAUAUGUGUGAAUUAGCAUCAAAUUCAGUUAAACAAUCAGGAUGGGAAUCUGCUAUAAAGAAACAUUGGCUUGGAAAAAAUUAUGCACUUGGAGGUUUAAAGGGGAAUAAUAUUGAAAAAACAAAUAUUCCCGAUAUCCGAGUAAGUUACCGAGAAGAAACACUUCGUAGCGAACUUGGAUUAGUUGAUAUAUACUCUAAGAAGUAUAAGAAGUAAUAAAAAAAAGUGGUCCGAUGAUAUAAGCGCAUAAUUUUGUGCGUAUGCGCUAGUAGGGAAUUGAAUUGCGAAAUUAUAUACUAUUUUAAACCUGUUUUGAAAAAUUUAUAUAUACUGACUUUUAGUGAAAAUUCUUUUAAAAAUUAUAAAUUAUAAAUUAUAAA